AUGGCGAGAUCAGCAUCGAGAGGCGACUUGAAAAAAAUAUAUCAAUAUAGCGAGAAUAUUACAAAGACUCGUGAUCGUGCUAUUAGACUGACGUGCAUUGACCAAAAUCGAGGUGUACCGACCGAUAAGAAACGUAGCAAUCGUAUGGCUAGAUUGAGAAUACGAAUAAAUAGAUUGACACUCAAACGACAAGAUGAGAUACUGAAAGUUUAUUCAAAUCUAAUUAUAAGAAGAAACAUACUAUCACCAGAACCACGUCGAUCAAAACAAACUCAUCAGACAUCGCAAGCUUCAAUAUCGUCUUUAGACCGGCAAUCUGCUGUGCGGCAUGAAUCUUCAUCGCCACCGUCAUCACCAACGUUAACAUCGCCUCGGUCAACAUCGUCAUCUCCAGCCCUUCAACUUAUCGUAGCAAAUAUAGAUAUCAAUCCUGAUGUGACCAAAGUUGAUAUGAUACCAAACGUAUUAAACUCCGACAAUGAGAGUUAUGACGAUGACGAUGAUGACAAUGAAGAUGAUGGUAUUGUUUACCCGGAUGGCGUGACUGAUUUUCGACCGUAUAAAACUGUGGCUCGUUAUCGAAAAGCGACUGGAAAAUCAACUAAUUUUCGUUCCUAUCCUAUCCUUGUCGGGGAAGAUUCGUUAGAGACAUUAAUUCUUGGCCUUGAAGAUUUUGCUCAGCAGCAUUACUGUGAUUUGCGUUUCACAGAUGAAGAUAUACAAUUCCAUAGGAGUGUUUAUCGUGCUUCAUGUGGACUGGUUGAUUUGGGAAGUAUUCAUUUAUUAGCAACGGAUUCAUUACUUACAGCUACGUUCGAAUUUGAGAUGGAUCUUGAUUAUGACACAGAUAUUGUAUCGUCCAAAGAAAAUGUAGAAACUUUUGUGUUGGAUUUUUGUCAAGCGAUAUCAAAUGUAUUAUCCUGCGAUAUAAACAACGUUCGCGUAUUUACCAUUGAGAAGUUGACUAAGAAAUCUAGAAAAACUCGUGUGAAUUUUGGACUGACUACAUCAGAGCAUGAACAAACACAACAAUUAGCUGACCAACUGAAGAUACAUGCUCAAUCAGGAUUUUCAGAUGAAGAAAUUUUGAAACAUGUCAAACCACGGGAUUAUAUAUAUUUAUGGAAAACAGUUUUAACGCAUUUAAAAAUACGACUGGCUGAUUUAGAUCCACAGUACAACUUUGACUAUAGAAAACCUGGUGUACCCGACAAAGAUACUCGUGGCGGUUAUCCUUAUUUUCUUCCUAUUGGAUGGUUCCGUCAUGGUCUCAACGUCAGUACUAAGUAUGGACAUGAUCGGACGUGGAUUGGUUGUGUCAAUGCUCCUGGAGAGUGGCCAGUUGCUUUUCAUGGAACGCAUAAAGAAGCAGUUACUGGCAUCGUUGCAAAUGGAUUGUUGCCCAAAUUCACUGAAACAGACGUUAAGCUUGAUGAAGCAAUUGAUCAGAUUGGUGAAGAAGCUAAUAAAGCAGGGUUGUAUGUAGCUACACAUUGCCACGGUGGAGCAGAUUUGUAUACAACACCAUUCACUGUGACAACAGCCGCAGACCGAAGCGAACAGUUUCGAAUUGUUUUCCAAUGUCGUGUUGAGCCUAAGAAGUUUACAACUCAUACGAGUCCUGUAAAUGAAGGAGAAGCAUGGCGUUUUGUUGAUCCAAAUGCAAUUCGACCCUAUGGAAUUUUACUGAAAAAAGACUAA